AUGGAUAUCGGCAAACCGGGGCUGGCUUUCGUGAAAAGUCUGUCCUGUUUUGAUUCUGCACUUAUUUUGAAAGUUUUUGUAGAUGCACCUCUAAAAAUUCCAUGCCCCGAAGGAGAAAAUCAGGGUCUUAGUUGGUGGUUUUGUAAACCGGACGACUCUUUCAGUGCCCAGGAGUAUACAGACUUCCAACGAGGCUUUGAAGACUCUGCUGAAGUUAUCAAAGGGGUACUUAGAAAUCAAGGUCCUUUUGAUGGCAUCCUUGCCUUCUCUCAGGGUGCUGCUUUCGUUACUCUUCUACAGAUACUCAUGGAACACUAUCCAGAAGAAUGGAAUGCUCCCACAGUGAAAUUCGCUAUUCUUGUUGCCACAUUCAGAAGUCGUUCUAGUAUCCACGCCCCUCUCUACCGAACAGAUCAGCCUAUCAAAAUGCCAACCCUUCUAGUCUACGGAGAGGCUGACAAGGUCAUUCCAAGAGAAAUGACUGAAGAUCUCCUCUCCCUCUACGCUACUCCGCACACAAUUCUCCUGCACCCCGGGGGCCACAUGAUUCCAAUAUGCGCUGCGGCCAAACAGACCUAUAAGGAAUUUAUUGCCAAAUUCACAUCUUGUACCAAAUAA